CCAUAUGCAUACGCAUAAGUACUGUCGGCGUGGAGCAACACGAGUUUGGACUCGGAGCUGACAGGUGCGAUGACGUCAAUGCCCACCCGACGUCAUAACCUCGUUGGUGUGGUGUAUAACAAAGCAAAUACUGCACGGACGCUUCGUUCACCAGAUCAUCAUGUUUCGCAACGCUAUCACCUCCAACGCGCGCAUUUGUACUGUAUCAUAUACCCGUUCUAUUCAUGCCACGCCCGCUGCUAGCACGGUCACCGGGAAAGUGUCCGAGAUGGCUGACAAGGUGAAUAAGAAAGUUGGCCAAGGUCUGGCGUCGGCCAUUGAGACAGGCGAGAAAGCGGCGGGGAAAACCAAGGAGACACUCGGUUCAACAACGGCUUCGGCAAAGCAGAAAACAGAAGACGCAAAGCAAACUACCCAGGAAACCACGGAGCAGGUCAAGCAAAAGGUUAAUCAGGCUGCUGCUGGCGCGCGAGAAACUAAAGACGACGUGAAGGGUAGGAUGUCGAAGUAACCAUCUCGCCGCUGCCCGUCGUUCUUCUGCAUGCAUGGUCAGCACGUAGUGGCCAAGUUAGGUUAAACGUUUUUCACACCUCGAUCAUAUUCAUCCACACCGAAGAGCACACACGUCCACCAGAGUUGUCGUCCACCCCCACCUAGCAUUAGUAUAAUUGAAUAUAAUGAAUUAUGGAUUAACGACUCGGGUCUGAAAACACAAUAGAAGGGUCUCAAGCUUCAACGGCAGAAGAAACGUUAGUUCACAUGCAUCGUGAAAGCAUUUGGGUACCUGCU